AUGUCUGUGACACAUAUCGUUGUCUUCCGCUUCAAGGAUGGAACGAGUGACGAGAAGAUCGAAGAGGUGUGCCGUGAGGUUGUAGCCCUCAAGGAGAAGUGCAUUUUGCCACGGACCCAGAAGCCCUACAUUAAAUCCUACGUUGGUGGCAAAGACCACUCCCCUGAAGGCGCCCAGCAUGGGAUGACGCAUGCGUUUGUGGCCCAGUUCGAGAGCCGAGAGGAUCGCGACUACUACGUCUCCAAGGAUCCCGUCCACCUGGAACUUGGACCCCGAAUUGCGCCGGUGGUCGAGACAUUUCUGUGCCUAGACUUCACUCCUGGGCUCAUUCUGUGA